AUGGCUUUGGACUCACAAGACAAGGUUUUUAUUGGCGCUACCUUCAUUACAGCGGUGGUGGGCGCUGCCUUGAUCGUCGUUGGCUUUGUUUUGCGAUUCGGUCGAGGUUUUGGCACUUUUGUUGAUUAUGCCCGUAAGGACAACGACUUCUUGGAACUAAAGCGUCUCGACAUGAUCUUCGGAAUGUUCACAGCUGCAGCUUGCGUGCUCGUGCUUAUGUUCUUCGUCGCCGUUAUUGCGACCACUCGUAGGAAUAAAUUUCUUUUACGAGCGUACUGUGCAGUGAUAGCUCUGAUGGUGGUCAUCCAACUUGUGACUGGUUUGCUCGCCUUCACCUACUCUGACCAGAUAAAUCAAUUGGCUUCUGACGACAUCCUCUACGAAUCACUUAACAAAGCUGCGUCACGGUGA